AGACACGUUAAUGAACGGUGCAGAUUUUCUUUUUCCGCGGAAACCACGUUCAAUCGCGUCUUCGAAAAACAAAAAUAGGAUCAGAGAAAUCUCGUCCAUUGGUGUUCAAGUGCAACGUUAAAAAGUAAUAAAUUCAACAAAUAAUUACUGAUGAAGUUGGUUGCUAUUUAAAAGCAACCAUAAUUCACCGCAGUCCGAAAAGUUUCGGAAUAAUGAUUUUGUGCUCUUUGUAGUGUUGAUAGUGGUUAUUUGUGAAAUGAUGCAUUUUGUUUGAUACGAGCCUCUGAUAACCGAUGAUGAUUGAGUAAUCAUUUUCUAACAAGAGAGAACAUUUUCAAAGUCAAAAAACGGAGGACAUUCAGCUUUCUUGUGAACCAGUGGAAAUAUUCUAUCGCCCAAUAUAUCACCUAAGGUUGGGAACUGUCGAAAACUAAAACAGUAACAAUGAGCAAAUUCAGCCAUGUUCAAAAUGAUGCAGUAUCCAGAGGAGGGCACCUGCAUACUAACGGUCGUCAUCAAAACGGCGUUACGGUUGGUGCCCGUAACGGAGAUACACCGGACAGUUACCUGUACGGCGGCGUUGCCACUCCGUUCAACAUGCCACGAACCGAGCACGUAGGGUACACAUUCGAUAUACUAAAAGAGAUCGCCAACUACUUGUUGGCGCGCACGGAUCUACGUCCGAAGGUGGGCAUCAUCUGCGGUUCGGGACUGGGGUCACUCGCUGAUCAAUUGACGGACGGAGAUAGCUUCGACUACGAGACGAUUCCGCAUUUCCCAGUUUCGACAGUUGCUGGUCAUGUUGGACGGCUCGUAUUCGGCUAUUUGGGCGGAGUGCCGGUGGUGUGCAUGCAAGGACGUUUCCACAACUACGAAGGGUACCCACUAGCAAAGUGCUCGAUGCCGGUGCGAGUAAUGCACCUGAUCGGUUGUACCCAUCUAAUCGCGACCAACGCAGCGGGCGGUGCCAAUCCCGCUUAUCGCGUUGGUGACAUUAUGUUGAUGCGUGAUCACAUCAACUUUAUGGGUUUCGCCGGUAACAACCCACUACAGGGACCUAAUGACGAACGGUUUGGUCCACGUUUCUUCGGCAUGGGUAAGGCGUAUGAACCGCGGCUGAUCCAGAAAGCAAAAGAAAUUGGCCGACAGAUAGGUAUCGAGAAUGAGUUACGUGAGGGUGUCUACACGUGUCUCGGGGGCCCAAAUUUUGAAACCGUUGCCGAAGUGAAUAUGCUGCGAAUGCUCGGUGUGGAUGCGAUCGGUAUGUCAACGGUGCACGAAAUUAUUACAGCACGCCACUGCGGCAUGACGUGCUUCGCCUUCAGUCUGAUUACUAACAUGUGCACGAUGAGCUACGACGAAGACGAGGAACACUGUCACGAUAGUAUCGUUGGCGUUGGCAAGAACCGCGAAAAGACGCUCGGGGAGUUUGUAGGCCGAAUGGUGAAGCACAUUCACUAUGAGAUGAAGAAAUAAAGGCGACAUGGAGAAAAAUGUUUUGUCCAGCACAAAACAAACCAGCAAGAAAAACUUUAGUUCUAGCAUUUAGAGUCGCUGGUUGGUCGGUAGGCUAUGGUAAUGAAGGUGGCGAGUAGGUAGAGUGUAAUAAUUAUGGAUUUGUUUGAUACGCUGUGUAAUUUAAUUGUAAUAAAAAUAUCUCAAUCGUUGUUA